UGUUGUCGAGUAUACUCGUCAAAAUACUCGGUACUCGAGUACGAUCCGAGUACUACUCGGAAAGCGAGUAGAAAUCGAGUGAAUAUACUCGUACUCGGCUUUCAGCGCCAUCUAUCGAAUACGAUAAUAACUGUUCUAAUUAAGGCGCCAAAUAAUUAUGAUGAACAAUCCAUUCCUUCCAUCACUCUUUUUAUCUGUUAUUAAUUUCGUCAAUUCACUUGCGUCUGCUAUUUUACGAGUGUUUGAUAGUCGAAUAAGUGCGUUUUCGUUAGUGUUUCAACAUCAUGGCUACAUUUGAAAGUGACGCUGAGAAUUUGGACAAUUUUGAUGGUUUGGUGGAGGAGAUGAAUAUUGAGGUUGCAGACAACAUUGAAGGCUCUAGUUCGGCGUAUGUAAGCCCUAUUUGGAAAUACUUUGAAAAAGACCGUAGAGAUGAAACGAAAGCGAAGUGCAAAAUUUGCGACUCAUUUCAUAAUCGCUCUGGUAGUUCUACUAGUAACCUGAUUAAGCAUUUGAAAGCAGUGCAUAAGAUCGAUCCUGGUUGUAGAAAAGUCACUAAAAAGGUAAACGCAUCGGUCAAUAAGACAAUCGUGGUAAAGAGGAAGGUGGAUACCGAGCUGGAUCGUCUCUACGUUAUGUGGCUUUGCCACGAUCUUUUGCCAUUUCGAACCGGGGAAAGUAAAUAUUUUCAGAAGUUCAUUGCUGCUCUUAAGCCUGACUACGUAAUUCCAUCAAGAACUAAAUUAAGUCAGUGCCUGGUUCCAGAACUAGCAAAUGAAAUUCAAGAAAAACUUGUUACGAUCCUUGAACAACGGGAUGUUGCAGACGUUGUAUUGACAACUGAUGCUUGGACGUCUAAGUCUUGUGACAACUAUGAAGCUCUAACGGCCCAUUUUAUUUGCAAAAAUUUCGUGUUCAGAUCGGCUACGUUGGGAAUCGCAAAACUCGACAAUCAAACUGCUGACGGGCAUGUAAAACUAAUAGAAAAGCUUGUAAACAAGCAUAAAGGACUAAUGGAACGGGUAACCACAUUAACUUCCGACAAUGCCGAAGUUAUGAAGUCCACAUGUAGAAAACUUAAAAUUAGCUGGUUUGGUUGUAUCCCUCAUACAAUUAAUCUUGUUGUCAAAAAUGGUCUUAAUAUUUCUGAUUGUGCGAAUAUUCUGGCUUCGAUUCGUGCAAUUGCUUCUCAUUUUCGCAGGAGUGCAAAAGCAACUGCUUUACUGAACAGUGAACAGAAAAAACUAAAACUGGCUGAACAUAAGAUCAUAAGAGACAACGAAACCCGCUGGUCUUCUGUUUACUUCAUGCUAGAACGUUUCCUUGAACAGCACAAGGCAAUUUACAACGUCCUAAGUGAUCUGAAGUCUGACCUUGCUUUUCCGUCCUUAUCUGAUUUGAAAGACCUGGCCAUGUUAAGGGACUAUCUGAAACCUUUUCAAGAAGUUACUACAGUAAUGUCGUCAGAAAAAAACGUAACUGCAUCGUCGGUGAUUUAUCUCGUCACUGAACUUAUGCGUCAUGCCACAGAUUUCAGUGUCUUGCAUGAAGACAAAUACAAAGUGACCGCAGCUGUUGCAGCUUCCAUGAGGGUUUCAAUGCUAGAGCGUGGAUUUCCUUCGUAUGCGUCAAACAAAAUACUUCUUCUUGCUACUAUACUAGAUCCCCGUUACAAAACUGCUGGGCUUCCGAAUGACGAAGCAGUUCAAGCAGCAAAAGGCGAGCUAUUUCGGAAGGCAUCUCUGCUCGACGAUAGCAACGAUGGCAUUGAUGAAGCUGUAGUCGAGUUAUCAUCAAGUGAACGCCCUAAAUCAAUUUUUGAUCGUCUGGAUGAAAAUCGCGCUAUUGCUAAUCAAUCUGCCUUAAUUUGUGCUGGAUCUCGCCACGAAGUAGAAUCCUAUCUUACUGAGCCGACUAUUGGGAGGCACGAAGACCCUUUGCAAUGGUGGAAGGCACGCCAAGAUCGAUACCCUCGCCUUUCUAUUUUAGCAAGAAAAGCACUUUGCAUAAUUGUCAACUCUGUUCCGUGUGAACGCAUAUUUUCUAAAAUGGGAUUAAUCAUAACAGAUCGCCGUCAACGCCUUAGUCAUCGAAAGGCAGGUCUUCUCGGUUUUAUAGCCCAAAAUUUGCAAAUUCUUUCCGAUGAAAUAUAAUAAGUAUAUAAAUGGUUCCUUCGUGCAAAAUAUCUUUUUUUUUAAAUUUUGGUUGAAUUUCAAAUGUACCUAUACGUUAUUUUCUCGAUGUAAAACAUUUUUAUAGAAAAACUAGUUAUUCCAUUAAAA